AUGUCAUUCCGCAGCAUAGUUCGUGACGUUCGUGAUAGUUUUGGGAGCUUAUCUAGGCGUAGUUUUGAUGUCAAACUUACUGGUCAUCAUCAUAGAGGGAAAUCUCAUGGUUCGGUACAGGAUUUGCAUGAUCAGCCUCUUGUAAUUCAAAAUAGUUGCUGGGCGAGCUUACCCCCAGAAUUACUAUUUGAUGUCAUUCGACGGCUAGAGGAGAGUGAGAAUACGUGGCCUUCGCGGAAGCAUGUAGUUGCUUGUGCUUCUGUUUGUCAGUCUUGGAGGAAUAUGUGCAAGGACAUUGUUAAGAGCCCUGAGUUCUGUGGCAAACUUACAUUCCCCGUGUCCCUGAAGCAGCCCGGGCCACGGGACGGAAUCAUUCAAUGCUUUAUCAAAAGAGAUAAAUCUAACUUAACAUACCACCUAUUCCUUUGUCUGAGCCCUGCUUUGUUAGUCGAAAAUGGAAAAUUCCUCCUCUCUGCUAAGAGGACAAGGAGAACAACCUACACUGAGUAUGUUAUUUCCAUGGAUGCUGACAACAUCUCUAGAUCAAGUAAUACAUACAUUGGAAAGCUGAGAUCAAACUUUCUUGGAACAAAAUUCAUUAUAUAUGAUACGCAGCCUCCCCACACUUCUGCCCAUAUAUGUCCUCCAGGAAUUGGGAAGACGAGCCGGAGAUUUUCUAAAAAGGUAUCUCCUAAGGUCCCAUCCGGGAGUUACAACAUAGCUCAGGUAACAUAUGAACUGAAUGUUCUCGGGACUCGUGGCCCAAGGAAGAUGCACUGCAUUAUGCAUUCAAUACCAAAUUCAGCACUUGAUGCUGGCGGAUCUGUUCCCGGACAGCCAGAGCUCAUUCCCCGUUCCCUGGAGGACUCAUUCCGUAGCAUCUCAUUUUCAAAGUCCCUAGACCAUUCCAUUGAGUUCAGCAGUUCACGGUUUUCCGAGAUUGGAGGAUCAUGCAACGAGGAUGGUGACGGCAAGACGAGACCGUUGAUUCUGAAAAACAAGCCUCCAAGAUGGCACGAACAGUUACAGUGCUGGUGCCUGAAUUUCCGGGGACGAGUAACUGUCGCGUCUGUUAAAAACUUUCAGCUGAUUGCUUCUACUCAACCACCUGCUGGUGCGCCGACACCAUCUCAACCAGCUCCACCGGAACAUGAUAAGAUUAUUCUACAAUUUGGCAAAGUCGGGAAAGAUAUGUUCACCAUGGAUUAUCGAUAUCCGUUAUCUGCAUUCCAAGCUUUUGCAAUAUGCCUGAGCAGCUUUGACACCAAGCUGGCUUGUGAAUAA